AUGCCAAAGUAUACAGGGUCCUGUUACUGUCGCGCCAUCACGUACGAGUGGACGCUCGAGUCGCCAGAAGACGCACGGACGUCGAUCUGUCAUUGCAAGAACUGCAAGGAAUCUUUCGCACUGUUGACAGGCGUGUCGAAGGAGCAUGCUGCUGACAAUGGCACUGGCACGGUCAUACAUCGCGAGUUCUGCGAUAGCUGUGGGAGUUUCAUACUCGAGUACGGGGAGCCUGUGAGGGACAAGUUCCGUUAUAUUGUCACAGGCUCAUUGGAUGAUCCCGAUGCUUUGCCGCCGAAGGGCGAAUUCUUUUGUAAGAGCAGGGCGUCAUGGAUGCCUGAAGUACCCAACGUAUUUCACAAGGAGGAGGUAAAAGAAUAG